GUCGCUCUGUCCCAUCCUUGUCUUGAUCAAUUUCGUCCCCAAGAGGAAAAUGAAAAAUUGUACCUACUGUACAUAGACCAACAACUCCGGAUGGGCCUGGGCAUAAUGGGCGCUAAUUAUCACGCUGCCGAACUGCGCUGGGCAGUGGUAGAUUUGCUAACCUCAGGCGGCGCUAGGAACCUUCCGUGCUUCAACCCAUCCCAAUUCCUUUAUUCUUCCCUUCUCACCACUCUCCUCUUACGACGGCCUCAACUACCUACCUACCAUCCAUCCAUCUUCUUUCUCUCUCGGGAAUUUGCUCUCCCAUUCUUCCCCCUUCUUCCUCUUCUUCCUCUUCUCUCCCUCUCUCCCCCUCUAUCACCUCCAAGUUUAACGUGGGUGCAAGGCGAGAAAGAGAAAAAAACAAUAAUAAGCACAAUAAGACAGGUAUUGAAAACAUAGCUUUGGUCAAUACAUAGAGCUGAACACUUACCAAUUCGUUUCGACCCAACCCCCCAUUUCUAUGAGUCAAUGAGGCCUGCAUAACAGGUCGAGUCGGGUCGGUCGCUAAAUUGCCGUAUGGGCCUAUCCCCUUCGUAAGGCAAGACCAUUCAUUGUGUGGAAGCCAUAGAGACCAGCGGUCACGACCCCUACGGCCACGACUGUAGGUAUCAUGCCCAUAUUCCGCGAAGAUUUAGGGCGGAGGGAGUCCGCUGCACAGUCCUCGAACCCGGCUAUGGCGCCAGCACCUGGCCACUGUCGAGAGGAGAACUCCCUAAGGAAGCAACAGCCAGAAGCGAACAUCAAUACCGAAUUACGCGAGGACCGUUUUGCGGAUAGCCCGGGUCCCCUAGCGUCCGAACGCGACCUCUCAACCCCUUGCUCUAAUCGAUCGGAACUGAUUGAGCGGCUGAAAAGAGGCGAGAGCCCGACCUGGAGACCAAGCCGCCAUUCCGAGGCGAUAUGGGAUGAGCAGCCUUCGUCCCCUCCUCAGAGUCCCAAGCGCUCGUCUCCCGCCUCGUCGAUGCUGCUUCCCUCGGCCGCGAUCGCCUCCGAGAAGAAGCGAGGUGGUGACUCGGACGAGGAGGCCAGACGGCGAGACGGCAUGGGCAUCGAGCGCCCGCGGUCCGCUCUGCACAGUGGCGACUUCACCCAAGACGAACAAGUCUUAGGGGAUACCUGCCCUGCACGAGACGGCCAGCGACCGCCAGGCUUAGGCGAUGUCGGCCACUCAUGGUUCGCCACUUCGCCUCCGAGGGAUUUCGCGCCCUUCCGAUUCGAGAAGCAGCGAGACGCGAUAAGAAGACCGGAUGAGGCGCCGGCAAGCCAUGCACUGCUAUCCUCGUCCAUUUCCUCGAGUUUUGUUUAUAAGCCGCCCACCAGUCCCUUGGUCCAGUCAGAAACCAACGAGGACGUUGACCUAGCCUCUCCUAUGGAUGACAUUGACAUUCGCCCGAGUCUUUCUAUUAGCUCGCGACGACACACGGCAAUGCCGUCUAGUCUGGCCUGGUACGGCUUCCCGCACAGCCCGUCGCCAGGUCAGUCGAUGAUGCCUUUCCGUCAAGAGCGAGCAUUUCCUUAUCAAGCACAUCAACCCCGACGCUCUCUCGCCUCCACCCCCAACUUCUCCAGUCCUCCCACAAGCAUGCCUGUGCCGCAAUCCCCGGCGCUACUGCGGUCCAGGCGCCCAUCAUUUGGCUCGGACAUGUCGCCGCUGCAACAUGCAUCCAUGGUAGGGUCGUACGAAGAGAGCAUCUUACGAGGGCGCAUGUCGACCACUCCCUCCAAACCCCUCGAUUUCUUGGCUCAGAUUGGUGUCCUUGGCUUGGGUAAGUGCAAGUCAAGCCUCCGGUGUCCGCCUCAUGUGACGUUGCCUUUUCCUGCCGUAUUCUAUAGUUAUGCUAGCUCCUCCCACGGCCUGUUCAAAGUAGAAGAUGGUCCCAGCCCAUACGUCGGGCAGAUUGAUUUAGAGAACGGCCUUCCGAAUCCGGGAGACGAUGCGAGAUCAAGGCGCAAGGCCCAUUCCCGGGCCGCCGAGGGCGCCGCGACAGGAGACGAUGCGAUAGAAGGCGGCCAUCGUCCUGUGGCGCCGUCAGAGUUCGACCAUCGUAGAGCCCCGAGACCCAAGCGUAGGUCAGGUUCUCCCAAGGCGCCCCCCGGGGGCAGCUACCGUAUCCCAGAAAAGGGGCAGAUACAGAUCAUUAUCAAGAAUCCCAACAAGACAGCCGUCAAGUUAUUUCUGAUCCCGUACGACCUGGCAGGGAUGGAGGCUGGUACGAAGACCUUUAUUCGCCAACGAAGCUACUCGGCUGGCCCGAUCAUCGACAACAUGCCCGAGACGAAUGAUGACGGCAUCGCAGGCCGUCCGAUUCUCAGGUACCUAAUUCACCUACACAUCUGCUGCCCUUCGCGGAGCCGGUAUUAUCUCUAUAAAAGUAUCCGGGUCGUCUUCGCAAAUCGGGUGCCCGACGGGAAGGAGAAGCUCCGCAACGAAAUUACUCUACCCGAGCCGAGGUUCACUAGCUACAGACCGAUCAGAGCGAUGCAUCCUCCCAUUUUGAGCGGCACUGGCCCCGGCGCGAAUCUAGCUGCCGAGAAGGCAUUUAGACGACGCAGUUCUGGUCUUUAUAUUGGCGCCGCGGGCCACGUCUUCGAUGCGGCGGGCGCAUUCUCCUCGAGCACUGGGCUCCAGCAGUCUUUUCCCCCUAACCUCUCCAGGGACAACGUGCCAACCGAGCCUCUCCCGCCCGGGGCAUCGAACGGCAGGACGAGGGAUGUCACGGGGAGACGCGGCUAUCCAGGCCCUGCUAACAUUCACUCCCCAGAUUCCUCGCAGACUAGCCGGCCGACCACGCGGAACUCGAGCGGCGUGCUGAGCUGGGACGGCGCAGACGGCCAGAUCGACAGGUACGACAAGCUGAGCCGAGGCGACGUGGGGUAUGGGGGCAACGCGUUCGCCAAUCUGAUUAACGGAAAUACCGGCGUGGCGGAGAGUCUCCUCUCGCAGCGGUUGCGAUCGCUGGGUGUCCAGGGCCAAGCGAACCGGGAGUCUGGGGCAACGCAGGACUAGCUGGAUCUCUAGUCUUCCCCUCCCAUUUCCCCUGGCUGUGCCGCGUUACGGACUUGGGGGGCUUAGUUCUGGGUUGUGGUCGUCGAGCGGGCGCGAUUCUUUUAGCUGCAGGACAAACGGCGUCGGCGUGGUUUACCAUCAUCAGCAGCAGCUAGCGAUCCUCCUUGGCGCCCUCGUCCCGGGUAUCGUGGGGCAAGACCUCUCCUCGUCUACUACUUGUUGUAUAAUCAAGACGCAGCCAGCCACUAGCUCUGCCUGCCCUGACACCUGCUCUAAACGCGCGCACGUAUUGACCACCUACCUUAUGUGAGCACCACUGCGCUAGGCUAGGCUCCGCGGCAACCUCGGGGUUGCUUACGCGCACUUGCGAUGAAGGCCCAGGUCGGCAGGCCGAUAUUUAUUUACCUCCCUAUGGAGAAGAAGCAAAGUCGAGGAAAAUUGUUGUUGCGGGUAUACACCUGUAGAUAAUGUAUGAGAAUAUAUAUUCUGUCGACCACAGGGACGAAAGAAGAACAGAACCCGCAAGUCGAACAUACAAGCACGUGUAUAAAUACGUAUUAUGUAAAUACGACUACACACAAUACACACACGUGCUGCCGUACGUACAUCUCCGCAGCGCGCAACAGCACGAACGAGCAGGCGACCAAGCCAACGUGGAGAGGUAUCGUCAGCCGUUCGUUCCUACUAUAUUCUCUCGACUCCGCCCCACUCCGUCUUCCC